UUUCCACAUUCUGAGCACACUCCCACGCCAUACAGAACCUCCCAAACAGGAAGAACGUGACCAGAUGUUCCAAAUCAUGGAGAGCUUCAUGAAACGAGUCGGCCUCUCAGUGGAGGAACUGGAUCGUCUCAAUGUCAUCCAUGUGACGGGGACAAAGGGGAAGGGCUCCACGUGUGCAUACACUGAACAGAUUCUGAGAAACUACGGCUUCCGCACAGGAUUUUACAGUUCUCCACAUCUGGUGGAUAUCAGAGAGAGGAUCCGAAUCAAUGGGCAGCUGAUUGAUAAAGAUGUUUUUGAUAAAAACUUCAGGCUGGUUUAUAGGCGGCUUCAUGAAACCAAGGAAGCCCAUGAUGGAGCGAUGCCAACUUACUUCGUUUUUUUCACCCUUGUGGUCUUCCGUGUGUUUCUAGAAGAGAAGGUGGAUGUUGCUGUUGUUGAAGUUGGUAUUGGGGGGCAGUAUGACUGUACCAAUAUUAUAAGGAGGCCGUGGGUGUGUGGUAUUACCUCUCUGGGUAUAGACCACAUUAAGAUUCUUGGAGACACCAUCGAAAAGAUCGCCUGGCAUAAAGGAGGGAUCUUCAAGAUGGGGGUUCCUGCCUUCACAGUUAAACAACCAGACACUGCUCUGGCUGUGCUAAAGGAACGUGCCGAAGAGAUCAACUGUCCUCUGUGGGUGUGUCCAGAUCUGGAGGACUACCAGACGGACUGUGGACCCCUUCGUCUGAGCCUCGCAGGGGAGCACCAGUGCUCCAAUGCCUCCUUGGCCCUCCAGUUGAGCCAUGCUUGGCUCCAGAGAAGAUCUUUAGCAGGCCAAAACGUUCCCAACACACCCUUAAAAAACACGGGCACACCUCAGGCAAACCCCUUCAGACCCAGCCCCUCCAUGGUGAAAGGGCUGGAGGAAACGGUGUGGCCUGGAAGGACCCAGGUACUGAAGCACGGAGAUAUCACCUACUUUCUGGAUGGCGCUCACACUGUACGCAGUAUACAGGCCUGUGUACGCUGGUUUACAGAGAGCUCAGCUCAGCAUGAAGAGAACACAAGUGGACCUGUCACCAGAGUUCUGCUGUUCAAUCUGUCAGGAGGGAGAGACUCAGCUGCCAUGCUCAAACUACUGGUGCCGUGUCGUUUCAACCUUGCAGUGUUCUGUCCAAACAUCCCUGAUGCCAGCACCUUUUGUCAAGCAGAUCUCUGGAAUGUAAAUAACACUGUUGAGGACAUGAUGGCUUUCUGUUUGGAGCAUGAAAAGAACUGGAGACUGUUCAACAAUCUCCAGGAUAUUAAUGGUACCCACCAGCACACUCUGGUCUUCCCCUGCAUCCGCAGCGCCCUCUGGUGGAUCACCCAGGGCAGAGACUCAGCGCUGACAGACUCAGCAGACACAGUCCUGGUUACACCUAGCACCGAGGCCAAAGCUGCUCCGCUCUGUGAUGCUGCACAGAUCCACAUCCUCGUCACAGGGAGCCUCUUUUUGGUGGGGGGAACUCUUAAAAACCUCCACUCAGAAUCCUACAAGUGAGAAGAGAGUUUCAUUGAGUCUGAGUGCAGUUUAAAUAUGGGAGUUAGUUACAAAUGAUUAAUGCAAUUAAUGUUCCAAAUUCUGGAACUCUCUGGGGCACGGAUGAUGACGGGGGGAGAGGUUGUUUAACUGCUUAUGAAACGGCCAUUUUGGUUGCUAAAGCCUGGGAGGAUCAUAAGGAUGGUUUAUUUUUCAGUCUUAUUUUCAGAGAUCUACUCAAUGGAAGCAUCUUUGGGCUGGGCGUAUCUUCAGUGCAUGACACAAUAAUCAAAUCAAAUCAAAGAAACAUUCAUACAAAUCCACAAGAAAUCACAGUAAUAUGUUUUGUUUUUCCUGCAA